CAAACACCAGUAGCGGCUCGGCGGCAGUUUGGGCUACUGCCGGGCAGAGCUCCGAGUUGGCCGUCGUCCGCUGACUCAACACUCGCGCGCCUGCCACACUCGCUCCGGCGGCACUAGCGCCUCCCGACUCUACGGUGGACGCCGAGCUUGCGCGAAGUUGCCCCGCGCGAGCACUGGGACCCUGUUCUUCGAGCACUCCACUCCGACACAGGCGGACGUCGCAUGCGGCGUCCCGGGAGGCCCGAGGCGACCGGCGAACGCUCCUCGCCAUGAGCCCCACAGCGGAGCAUCGCCGCUGACUUCCUCUUGUGCUUAGCGCGGAAUGCGAUUAAGACCGGAGCUGGCCACCGGCACAGUGAGUCCGCGGCACUGCGUGCGCAACAGCCCGACGGGUUCCGGCGGUGGCCCGAGCCUGGUGCCGGCCGGGCCGGCCCACGGGCCUCCGCAUGGGCCUGCCCACGGCCCGCCCCACGGCCCGCCGCACGGCCCGGGCCACGGCCCGGCGCUGGAACCCGACGGCGGAUGGAAGGGCCCGGCGCCGCCGCCGCACCACCACCCGGCGCUGAUGGGCCACGGACCGCCGGGCAUGGGCCCGCACCACGGCCCGCCUCACCCCAUGGCCGGCCCGCCGCCGCACACCAUGCCCGACGGACGGCCGCUCGAGCAUGGAAGACAUACACCGUACUUUGGUCAGCCCGACUACAGAAUUUACGAGAUGAACAAGCGGUUGCAACAAAGAACGGAGGAAAGUGACAACUUGUGGUGGGACGCAUUCGCCACAGAAUUCUUCGAAGACGACGCCACGUUGACACUUACUUUCUGCUUGGAAGAUGGGCCAAAGCGUUACACUAUUGGGCGGACACUGAUUCCGCGCUACUUCCGGAGCAUCUUUGAAGGGGGCGUCACGGACCUGUACUUCAACCUGAAGCACCCCAAGGAGUCGUUCCAUAACACCACCAUCACGCUGGACUGUGACCAGUGCACCAUGGUGACACAUCACGGGAAAGCGUCUUACAGCAAGGGGCUUGGAGGGCAGUACCCAGCAGACCCCUUGAAGGAGCAACUUGCCAAAGACAAUGCUGUCAUUGUGUGCACAGAGGGUCGGCUCAUUCUGGAGUUCACGUUUGACGACCUCAUGCGGAUCAAGUCAUGGCACUUUGCAACACGCACCCACAGGGAGCUGGUUCCGCGAAGCCUUAUUGCCAUCCAGGUGAGAUACGCGGCCCAACAGCAAGACCCUGGAAUGCUGGAGCAGCUGUCUAAAAACAUUACGAGACAAGGGCUGACCAACUCUACAUUAAACUACCUCAGGCUCUGUGUCAUUCUGGAGCCCAUGCAGGAGUUGAUGUCGCGGCACAAGGCGUACGCACUGAGUCCCCGCGACUGCCUCAAGACUACGCUGUUCCAGAAGUGGCAAAGGAUGGUGGCUCCGCCAGGUGUCGCACAUCGCGGGGCGCCUAAUGACCUAAAAUCAGCUCAAGAUAUAGAAACGCAGCGGCCGCCUAGCAAACGGCGAAAGAGGAAAUCGUCUGCUGCAAAUAAUGCUGGCAAUGCCAGUAAUGCAGGCUCUGGAGGGAAGAAAAAAAACAUGUCUCCGGGGCCCCCUAACUUUUCGUUGGCAUCACAGGACGUGAUGGUGGUGGGUGAGCCGUCGCUCAUGGGCGGGGAGUUUGGCGACGAGGACGAGCGGCUCAUCACGCGGCUGGAGAACACGCAGUACGAUGCCUCUGCCGCUGCGGCCAACGGCCUCGAAGAUGGCGACGACUUUGCCGGCAACCCCAUGGGUGGCGGUGGACCCCCUCCCGGCUGGCAGGGACCUCCUCCGGGACCCCCCACGGGCAGUGCCCCCGAGCGGAACCCCUCUGCGCCCCCUGCGGGACCCCCCCCGCCCCCAGAGGACAAGAAGACCUCUCCCACCAUCAGCAGCCAGUAGCACGGGGGCAACACGCGUACCUGUACUUUGCUUCGGCUCGAGUCCGACUGCCGUCGAAAGCUAGACGCGCGGACGCCCUUCUUUCGCAUGCCUGAGAAGAGCUUCGUGACGACUGGCGAAUUUUACAGUAAUGGGUAAAGAGAGGUUAUGCCCGGCGUUGAAAAGCUCAAUGACCCCUAAAGCAACAUGUAAAUAAGUGAUUAAAAAGUUUACUCUGACGUAACAUAACACGCAGAAAAACUAAAAAAAGAAAAAUGUUUCACUAUCUCUACAGGUGGCAUCCUCGGUGUACACUGACACAAAUGACGUAAGAGGCAAGCCAGUCACUAUUUAUUGCCUAUAUUCUCCUAAACAACCGAUAAGGGGACCACGAUUAGAAUUGCACAUCGAUAAGUUACGAUGAAUGUAUCAGGGCUCCCAAAACUUCCUUCGACCCUAAUGCUGUUUGUUGUAUUGUCAAAGUUGAAUGUAUGCCUUGUCUAACAGCGAUCGACUAGUUCAGUCUCUAUGCGUGGCCUUCGCCACACCCCUUUUGCCUUUUGGUCUUAUUAUGUUAUUACCCUCUGUCUGCCUGUUCCGCUAAUGCAUGUAAUGUUGCACCACUUCGCGCUGCACACAUACCCCUGCAGACGUCCAGAGCAACAGGGUGUUAUUUAAAGUGGUGAUUGUAACUGCAUAUGUUGGCAAGACAGGUCGACAAACAAGAAGAAUGCAAAGGGGACAUGGCAAAGGUCGCGCACACUUUGCGGAAAAAGAGCGACUAGUGUAUCGAUGUGGCAUACGUUUGACUUGAGCAAUGCGGUGACCUUGGCAUGGGAACAGUGCUAGUGCAUAAUGACAUUUUUGGAGUCCUGGUAUAGACUCGCGCACUGUUUACAAACAAGCCCUGAUUUGCCUGCACCAGGUGGGGCAGCAUGCUCAGAAACCAGAUGCGCAGUGCAAACAGCAGCCUCACUGCAGUGGCACGACGUCUGAGAGUUGAGUUCGUGUAUAUUCGUCGCGACUCAUCGAUCCCCCAAUGGGACGUUUACAAGGACAUAUGAUAGUGACAGGCUGGCUGGCCUCUUGCCCAACUCCUGUCGGGGCUGUCGGGGCAACUUCUUUGUGUGUUAUAGGAAGUCUGCGUAAACUUCUUUAAUCAUUGACUUUGGAACAUUUUUGCGUGUAAAUAUGUGGGUAUGGGACGAGACCAAUUGCAGUAUUAUUUGGGGAAAACAGAUGGGAGUUACCAUCCUACCUCUGCGGUCUCUCUAGUAGAGGUGGCGGUUAUCAAGCCACCUUUAGAAGGGGGAGAGGGGGUUGGGGGCAGUUCAUCCCCUCCAAAUAGACCCCAGGGUCUUGACUCCCCUCCGCACCAUUCAAUGACCUAGCUGGGAGUGCGUGCCCGUGAAACACGAUGUGACAGAUUUCCGACUGUUUGGCUCAUCCUGCUCGUAGCUUUGACUGCAGUCAGACUUCAGGUGGAACAAAGUAUAGGUACCUCCCCCCACCACCCUUGAUCCCUAGGCCCCCCACCCUCUUGUAGGCAGCGGGGGCCAAGGCAACAUCUUGUGCAUCCAUACACAACCAUUGAUUCAUGGAGGGGAGGGGGCAGGGGAGGGGUUGCCUUUGUUUGUCCACCACCCUCUCCUCCUAUGUUUAAUUCAUCUUCCUCAUCUCUGUGCUCAUUGCUGCUCUUUGCCCCCUUCUCCCCCAGCUUCGAUUUUUUUGGGCACUUCCUUUUCCUUUGCAUACUGAAGAAAAGGACUGCGCCAAGCAUCUUCAUGGUGGCGUUAGAAACCGUUAGCCUAGGGAACAGUGUGGUGUGUUCUGGCUAAGUCUGGAACAUGCAGGUGUCAGAUUGCUUUAAUUUUUUUUUUACAUAGUUUUAUGACUUGUCUUUCUGGAUAUGUCCUUGUUCAUUCUUUCCAACAUCUAGGCACUGCAUUUUUGCGUGAGGUUUUUUUUUAAAAUUGUUUAAUGUCUUGCAUUGUGACAAUACCGAAGUGUUGUCUAGGGAGGAUUCUUUUUAUUUUUUUUUUUCCCAGCAGCUGGACUUGUUUGCAUCUUGGCUCCUGCAUGUGCAGUUGUUGGUGUCUGCAUUGAAUGGAGGGGCCAAGGCAGCCACUGAAAAAGGUGUCGCAGGACCGUGCAAUAGGUGGCAAGUGUGUGUUGCAUUGAUUGCUAUUUUGUAAUUUAUUUUUGCAUUUGCCCAGCCCAUUUGUGGCAGGUUUUGCUUUAUUUUUCUUAUGGGGCAUUGGAGGGUAAUUUUUUUUCUAGCAGGCACUAUGUUUGCUUCUGAGCCACUUAUUUCUAUGCUAGCAUGCACUUUCAUGUGGCCUGGGUAUAUGAUAGCAUGUUUUUUUGUGUGUUAAUGAAGUUUGUGGGACAACUAAAUCAAACUAGGACUCUUGCUCCGGUUGUAAAUUGAUUGACUGGUGCAUUCUUGUGUAUUUCUCUGUAAAUCUUUAAAAAGGAUUGUAGAAUGUAAAGAAUUGUUUUGUUCUAGGUUUUUAUUUUAGACUAUACAUUGUCACUCAUGCCAUUUUCUUGGAAUUGGUUAUGCACAUUAGCUGCAUGGCUUAUGGCACAAUUUCUACAAAGCCAGCACAUUCUUGUGUUUUGUGUCUAAUGUUUUUGGGGGAUUCUUUUUACUUGUUGAAAAGUGUAAAAGAAUCUUAGAACUUCAUGGUGUAUUAUUUAAGAGUAUUAUGUUGUGAGGUUAAGAAGUUGCAUUUACAUAUUUUCAUUUUGCUGAAUGCUAAAGGUAAUUUUGUUGGACAGGUACAACAGUGAUUUAUGAUGUACAUGCUGUAUGAGGGCAUUUGGAAGCCAGUCUAAAAAUUGGGGGAAUGUCAUCAUAUACACCACUUAUGUUUCUAGGGAAAAAUUGAAACAUUUCAAAGUGUUUGUCGCAGGCCAUUUAUCAUUCUACUCUGUAACUUGUGCAUUUAAGAGAUUCAAAAUAAAUUGGGCAAAGGACCUUUCACCUUUGUUACAUCACCAUA